GUGUAGUCGUGGAACUAGUAGGUUGUAAAAUGGAAACAAAAGUAGAGGAUGUGAUAGAAAAGAAGUAUGAAAUAAAGUUUGUAAAGCCAAUGGUGCUGUUGGCUCUGUUCAUUGCUACUGGAAUAUUGACAGGAAUUUAUUGCAUGAUUUUUAAGCAUGUUUGUGGAUCUACUUAUUUAUUUAGUAAGUUUAAGUUGUCUCCAGGAAUUAGGAAGAUAUUAAUGUUUCGUUGUAAUCUUCCAGCAUUUAUAUCCUUCAUUCUUGGGGGUCUUGGAUUAGGACCAGGAGCUCAUCGCUUCUUUUGCCAUCGUUCCUAUAAAACUAAUCGAGCGAUGAAAAUAUUUUUGAUUUUUUGCCAACAAUUGUCGGGAGUUAAAUCAGUUCAUACAUGGGUCAGAGUCCAUCGAACUCAUCACAAAUUUUCCGACACUGACCGAGAUCCAGUGAAUAUAAAUCGUGGCUUCUUUCAUGCAUCUAUUGGAUGGUUUCUGAUUGAACAAACACCAGAAUGUGCGAUUGAGUUAGAAAAAAUACAUAUGGAUGAUAUAAAGGCUGACAGUGACUUGAAUUUUCAACUCAAGUACUACGCAAUACUGUAUGCUUUAAUAACAAUCACACUUCCAGUCAUCAUUCCAUACUAUUACUGGAACGAAUCAAUUUUAAUUGGAUUCGGAAUGAACAUGUUUAGACAUGGAUUGAAUAUUUAUCAACAAAUAGUUGGAAAUAGCUUCCUACAUAUGAAUGGAAGACAGCCUUAUGACAAAUCAGGUACAGCAAUUGACAAUGAUUUUUACAAUUUAGUCACACUUGGCGAAGGAUAUCACAACUUCCAUCAUGCAUUUCCGUUUGAUUAUCGGGCAAAUGAGCUGUUUUCAAUUGCACAUAUCACAUCAUUAUCAGUUCUUUUCGUUAAUGUUUUUGCAGCUUUAGGAUUAAUUUAUGAUCGGAAAUUCGCAUCACCACAAAUGAUAGCCAGAAGAGUAACAAGAACUGGUGAUGGAAGUCAUGUUUUGGCAGAUUCAUAUUUAAAACAAUGCAAGUUAUUAGAAAAUGGUGGUUCUGUUGUAGACUUAAAUGGCAACGAUAAAUAAGGUUCAAGGAAUAGACUCAAAGAAUUGUGAAAAUAAUUAACAGUUCAAUAAAAAUUACUGUGAAUUUUUAAAAAAGUAAAAA